AUGGCGAGGUCGAGAAGGAAAUACAAGGCUUCUAGGGCUAAAGUUCGUGUUGCUCUUCCUAAGAAAAACCCUAAUAUCUUUAAGCCAGCUUUCAACUUCCCUCCCAAGCUGCGUUCUCUCAUGGCGGACGAUGUCCCCGAAUGGGACGAUCAGGCUAGUGUCAUCGAGAACUACAAAUCCUUCGGUGUCGUCUCUAACCCUAAUUUGCUCGGUGUCCGAUCCCGCACCGACCAUAUGAUCCAAGUUGAAUCCCUCAACGUUCCUCCACCUCCGGAGCCACCGACUGAUGAUCCUACUGCUAAGGAGUUCGAGCCCAUCGAUUCCGGCAGCGAACUCGAGGAAGACGAUCUUAAGACAGCAUUGGGGAAGCAAAGAAAAGAUGGAAAGAGUGCGCCUUUACAGCCGCUUACAACUAUGCAACGUAAACAUAUAAGUCGUUUGGUCGAGAAAUAUGGAGAUGACAUUGAGGCUAUGUACCGAGACAGAAAGCUGAACUCGAUGCAGCAUUCCCUUGCAACACUACGGAAGCUAUGCACUAGAUAUCAGAUUUACAAAGAUACGAACCCGAUUUUAGUUCCAAGCUAA